AUGAUGCAAACACCAGAGCGGUUGUGCAAAGGGAACAGCGGCAGUGUAGCUCAGCAGGACAGAGAGAGACAAAGGCCAACUAGGAGAAGGCUCGUGACAAGGCUCACGGAGGAAAGAGAUCAAGCAAUCAAUGGCCAAGGGGCGUGUUGCCCAUAUGGUAUACGUUUAAAGGAGAGGCUCGCGCAAGAGACUGAAACUAACAUGGGCUCAAUCUGA